AUGGACGACCAGCGGGACGUUCAAACUUCCAGGCGAAACGGGAGCUGCAGGUCGCUGCUAUCAGCCGGUUCCGCGGUGGCUAUGGAGAUUAAACGGAAGAAAAUACGACAGAGUACGCUGUUCCUACAAACGGAGAGCACCAACAUACAAGAGAAGCUUGACUUUGAGAUACGAAUGCGAGAGGGAGCCUACAAGCUGCUGCUGGCUUGCAGUAAGAGAGAGCAGGUUCUCAAUGCCUCCAAGAACCUGUUGACCUGCAACGCCAGAAUCAAGGCUUAUCUCACGCAGCUGCAGAAGAAGAAAGAGGAGCAGGACAUGAUGGGAGCAGUCAGAGGAAUUUCAGAUCCAGCUUCAGAAGGCCGUUUUCCCUGUAGUGGGACAAUUGCAAUGUCUGGGCUGCGCAUUCCUUUGAUGUGGAGGGAUUCUGACCACUUUAAUAACAGAGGAAGCUCUCGUCGGGUGGCGGUGUUCUGUGUGAUGCAGAUGGGCUCAGAGGUGUUUGACACCGAUAUGGUGGUGGUGGACAGAUCAGUCACUGACAUCUGCUUUGAGGGAAUCACCAUCUUCAAAGAAGCAGUUCCACAGUUUGAGCUGAAGGUGGAGCUGUGGAGCUGCGCCCUGGAGGAAGAGCUCACUUUGGUAAACACGCCAAAGAAACUGGCCAAGAAGUUCCGCAGCUCCUUCGGAAAGAGCAGCGGGAAGAAGCUCUGCUCCCUGCUGGACACUCCAGACCCCGACACCUUCCUGCAGCACAACCCAGUACCCUCCGGAGCCAAAUACAGCCUGCUGGCCUACACGACACUGUGUCUGCCCGAGGCUGAAGGCAGCUUUCAGUCUCACUCCCUCAUUGUCCUCCAAGACGCCGAGUGGUCAUCUUGGCUCCCACUCUACGGUAACCUCUGCUGCCGGUUGGUGGCCCAGCCUGUCUGCAUGACACAGACCAUGAUGACUGGCUACCUGAACCAGAAGCAAAGCAUGGAGGGGAUGAACCGCUGCUGCAGGCUUUACUGUGUGCUGAGUGCUGGCCUUUUGUCCUGUUACUUCACCCCAGAAGAAAUUGACGCUAAAGUUCAGCCAACUCUGAAAGUAGCCAUUAAUAAGGACACCCGCAUCCGAGUGAUGGAGAAAGAGUCAGGAGGUCACAAAUCCAGGAGUAUGUCCAUCAUCAACCCUUCACCAGAGGGAUCUGAGACCAGCGUCUUCACCACAGACACCAGGGACGAGCUGGAGGACUGGCUCGACGCCCUCCACCAGCACCUCUAUGAUCAGGGCCAGUGGCUGCACUGCUGCGACCAGCUAAUGAAGAUCGAGGUCGCGUCACCACGGAAACCAUCACUCUUCCUCACCAAGCAGGCUGACUCUGUUUACAACGACCUCAGUAUAAAUUCACCAAGCAAGUUUGAGGGCAUCACAGAUAUUAUCCACAAUAAAAUUGAGGAGACAGAUGGCCGCUUCCUUAUUGGCCACGAGGAGGAGAAGGAGGCACCUAACUGGUCCACUCUGUUUGAUGGGUCCCACUCAGUGGUAGUGCAGAAGAGUAUUCUGUCCCAGAGCAAAACUUCCACCCCUUGUUCAAGCCCCAAACCCAACAGCAGCUCUACACCCAACAGCAGCAAGAAGCGGCGAGCUCCACCCCCUCCAUCUGACAGGGAGCCUUAUGCUCCUCCCACCCGUCCAGCCAGGCCUCCCCUCCCUCCUUCUCUUCUUCAUCAGCCUCUUCCCUCAAACCAGGAGAAGGAGAACUCCGGUGCUUGUGCUUCCCGUCCCACUGCAAGGUCCAAAACAGGCCGACCGUCCCUGGAUGCCAAGUUUUCUGCCAUCAUCCAGCAGCUCCAGUGGAACAACACCGGAGGAGCCGCAGCUCUCAGCAGAAAAAACGCUCCGCUGGGCGUCCUGGAUGUGCACCCGCAGGGUCAGCCUCAGCCCCCUCUCCAGCAGCUGGACUACCAGAAGCACCUCACCCAGACCCCCGAGGCCACAGCUGAUCACGGUUUCAUCAGAGCCAGUAACGGUCCUGGUCCGGUUCCUGCAGCACGAAGCAAGCUGAGGAAGUCUUUCAGAGAGAGGAUGAACCUUAAAGCGUUGUAACCUCAACCUCAGAGCAAAUCUAUGUUUACCUAAUUAAUCCUGCUUUACCACUAAUACAAAUAACAGUUUGAACUUU